UGCGGGGCCCGGGCCGGGGCCGGCGGGCACAGCAAGAGCGGCAGAGCUGCAGCGGCGGAGGCGAGAGCAGCGGCGGCAGGGAUGGGCGAGCGUUGCUGUGCGGUGCUGCGGGUGCUGGUGCUGCAGGCGGCCUGGGCGCUGGCGGGCGGGCAGGUGCGCUACUCGGUGCCGGAGGAAGCCAAGGCCGGCACGGUGGUGGGCCGUCUGGCGCAGGACCUGGGCCUGGAGGCGGGCGAGGCGGAGGCGCGGCGGCUGCGGCUGGUGGCGCAGGGCCGGCGGGCGAGCGUGGAGGUGAGCGGGGCGAGCGGCGCGCUGCUGGUGAGCUCGCGGCUCGACCGGGAGGAGCUGUGCGGCAAGAGCGCGCCGUGCGCGCUGCGCCUGGAGGUGCUGCUGGAGCGGCCGCUGCGCGUCUUCCAUGUGCAGCUGGAGGUCACCGACAUCAACGACAAUGCCCCCAUCUUCCCCGCCGCACGAAAAAACCUCAGCAUCGCGGAGUUAUCUACAAUGCCGGGGUCUCGUUUCCCGCUGGAGGGCGCGUCGGAUGCGGAUAUCGGAGCGAACGCGCAGCUCUCCUACACACUCAGCCCCAGCGAGCACUUUUCUCUGGAUUUACAAAAAACCGAUGAGGACGGUGAAUCCUUAUUCUUCGUGCUCACGAAAUCUCUGGACCGCGAGACGAUUCCCGUGCACCGGUUGGUGCUGACGGCGACUGACGGGGGCCGGCCGUCUCUGACGGGCACCAUGGAGCUGGUGAUCUCAGUGCUGGAUGCAAACGACAACGCGCCCCAGUUCAACCAAACGGUGUAUAAAGUGCAACUGCCAGAAAACGCAGAACGCGGCACUUUGGUGAUCAAACUGAAUGCCACAGAUUUGGAUGAGGGGUCCAACAGUAAAAUUUACUACUCGCUCCAAAUCCUUUCCCCGCAGGAGGGAAAAGACGUUUUCGGACUUGAUAGAAACAGCGGAGAGAUUCGUCUGACCGGUGACUUAGACUUUGAGGAAGUUAGUCUCUAUCGCUUGCAAGUGGACGCGACAGAUAACGGGACACCCCCGCUGUCCGGUCACUGCAAGGUUGUGCUGGAAGUGCUGGACGUGAACGACAACGCGCCGGAGGUGUGGGUGACGUCGCUGUCGGUGCCGGUGCCGGAGGACGCGUCGGUGGGGACGGUGGUGGCCCUGCUGAGCGUGUCGGACCGAGACUCGGGGGCGAACGGGCGCGUGCGGUGCUGGGUGUGGCCGGCGGCGCCGUUCGGGCUGGAGGCGACGUUCGCGGGCUCGUACUCGCUGGUGCUGCGCGAGGCGCUGGACCGGGAGCGGGUGUCGGAGUACGAGGUGGAGGUGCGUGCGGAGGACGGCGGGGCGCCGGCGCUGGGCGCCAGGCGCGGGCUGCGGGUGCCGGUGUCGGACGUGAACGACAACGCGCCCUCGUUCGCUCAGGCCGUGUACACGGUGCUGGCGCGGGAGAACAACGCGGCGGGCGCGGAGCUGGCGCGGCUGUGGGCGCGGGACCCGGACGAGGCGGGCAACGGGCGCGUGAGCUACUCGGUGUGGGAGGGCGCGGCGGGCGGCGUUGGGGCCGCGGCUGGCAGCGGCUGGCGUGCGGCGUCGAGCUACGUGUCGGUGGACGCGGAGAGCGGGCGCGUGUGGGCGCUGCAGCCCUUGGACUACGAGGAGCUGCAGGUGCUGCAGUUCGAGGUGCGCGCGGUGGACGCGGGGGAGCCGCCGCUGUGCGGCAACGCCACGGUGCAGCUCUUCGUGCUGGACGAGAACGACAACGCGCCGGCGCUGCUGCCGCCCGCGGGCUCGGCGCCGGAGGCGGGCGCCGUGGCGGCCGAGGCAGCCUCCUCAUCGUCGUCGUCGUUUGUGGGGCCGGUGUCGGGGUCAGGCAUUCUGUGGGCGUGGGCGGCGUGGGGGGCGCCGGCGGGCCAGGUGGUGGCCAAGAUCCGCGCCGUGGACGCCGACUCGGGCUACAACGCGUGGCUGCGCUACGAGCUGUGGGAGCCGCGGGCCAAGGGCCCGUUCCGCGUGGGGCUCUACAGCGGCGAGGUGAGCACGGCGCGGCCGCUGGACGAGGCGGACGGCGCUCGCCACACGCUGCUGAUCGUCGUGCGCGACCACGGCGAGCCGGCGCGCUCGGCCACGGCCACGCUCAGCGUGUCGCUGCUCGAGGCCAACGAGGCGGCGCUGGCCGCGGGAUCUUCCUCGGCGUCGUCAGGGUCAGUGUCGCGGUCGGCGUUGGGCGUGGAUGUGGGCGGCGCUGCGGCCAGCGCGGCGACCAACGUGUGGCUGGUGGUGGCGAUCUGCGCCGUGUCGAGCCUGUUCCUGCUGGCGCUGGUGCUGUACGGGGCGUCGCGCUGGGCGCCGCGGGCGGCCGUGCUCUCGGGGCCCGGGCCCACGACGCUCGUGUGCGCCAGCGAAGUGGGCAGCUGGUCGUACUCGCAGCGCCACAGCCGCAGCCUGUGUGUGGCGGACGGCGCGGCCAAGAGCGACCUCAUGGUUUUCAGCCCCAACUUCCCUCCGCCGCCGCCCGGCGCCGCGCCCAAGGACACGCAGCCGGAGCCCUCCGCUCUCCUCCAUACGCCAAAACACCCCAAUCCGGACUGGCGCUACUCUGCAUCCCUGAGGGCAGGAAUGCAAAGUGCUGUGCAUAUGGAGGAGGCAGCAGUCCUGCGUGGAGGAGCAGCAGGGCCUGAGCAGCAGUGGCCAACAGUCUCCAGUGCCACAGCAGAACCUGAGGCGGGAGAGGUGUCCCCCCCAGUGGGAGCUGGUGUGAACAGCAACAGCUGGACCUUUAAAUUUGGACCGGGCAAUUCCAAACAAGGUGGUCCUGGUGAGUUGCCAGACAAAUUCAUUAUCCCGGGAUCUCCUGCAAUCAUCUCCAUCCGGCAGGAGCCACCAAACAGCCAAAUUGACAAAAGUGACUUCAUAACCUUUGGCAAGAAAGAAGAGACCAAGAAAAAGAAGAAAAAGAAGAAGGGAAACAAGACUCAGGAGAAAAAGGAAAAGGGCAACAGCACCACUGAGAACAGUGACCAGUGAGGGAGUUAUACUGAGAAAACCCUCUUAGCCAGUUUUUGUAAUAAUGGCAGAUUUCUCCUAUGUAGCAAAUCCCAACUUCUUCCUACUGUUAACAAAUUUCCUGUAUGUACAGACUUGAGAAAAUCAGCAGGAAAUUCAGUGUCUGUCUAAAUUGCUUAACAGGUUUUGUCUUAAAAGCUUUAUUAAGUCUGGUGUUAACUCUUUUUCUCCACUCUGGCUUGUUUUCAGAAUCUAAAAAGCAGACACAAGUUUCCUUUCUCCUACGCCGAAAAGGAGAAUCUUCACAGUACAGCCAGUGAGAGGUUGGACUCUGCACUGUGGUUCCUGUGCUCCUGUCUUGAUGACACUUACAGGACAGGUUUAAAAGUUUUAAUGUUGUGCACCCUCUAUCUGAUUGGAAAUUUUUGUGUGCAGAUGUCAGCUAGGUGAUAUGAAAUCAGAUUAUAAAAUGCAAGAAGAGCUGGUAAAUAUGCAACAGAGGAAACACCUGAUGAACACAAAUGUUCAAAGAUGUUCAGGCUGGGGAGAAAAUGUCUGAAAGGAGAUUGAGCAGACUUGUCAAAUCCUGAGAAGUCAAUGUGUGGAAAUACUGACUCCUAUACAUGACGUAUUGUACACACUGCUUCAAAUGAAACCUCACAUUUACAGCUCUUUAAGACACCAUCAAUUAAAUCUCUUUACCAAACAAGCCAUUGGAAAAAUUGUCCCUUAAAGCCCUGCAUUACCCUGGUAAGGCUAGCCCUCAGAGAGUAACAAGGGCUGGGCUGACAUCCCAGGAAUGUGACUGUGAUGCUGUGUGUCCCUAUUUCCACAUUAUUUUGCACAUUAUGUCUCUGAAAAGGUCAGAGUUUCUCCACGACACUUAUGCAAAAGAGAGAAAAAAAAUUAACGUUAACUAUGCUAUUUGUUAUUUGAGAUAUUUAUUUAUAAAGAAAUAUAGCUGUAAAUGUUAAAGAAAUAUGAUGCCCUUUAACCCAAACAGAAGUCAAUCUAGAGCCAUUAUAAAUUACAAUUGCUGCUAUUAAAGUGCUUUAGAAAAAUUGCCUGAAACAUCUGUAUUAUAUCGGCCACUUGCCAAUAACAGCUUUAUUCUGUCGGGUGACUUGGGGGCUGCCUCUUGCAUGUAUUCAUAAAUACAAGAAUAUCUUCUCUUUUCUUUUAUUUUGCAUUAUUCUGCACUUUGAAUACACCUUUGCAAACAAACUGUCCUAAAUAUGAAGAAGCAGAAGCGAACUCCUCACACACAUGGAUUUACUGACCUGCUAGCUCUGUGCAGUACCUUGGUGUUACCUCCCACACGACCUUUUCUGCUUUUAGUUUUACUUUUCUAUGAGAUUAUGAAUUUCUGAUCCUACUAACACUCCUUAUGUAAAAUUCAAGUACUGUAUGUAUGCUGUAUGCUCUUAUAAGAAUCCUGAAAUAUUUAUUCUGUGCUUGUGUAUGUGAAUGUCAAUGCAACUAUUAUUAGAGUGGACUUUAAGCUUUACCGUUGAAUGUAAAUUCAUUAUUUCUUUUUUGUACACUUGUGAUAAAGUGGAGUAGUGUUAAUUUUUUAAGCCACUGUUGAUUAUCAGUUGUUUUGGGUUUUUUUUUUUGUGUAUGAAACACAAGUAAAAUAUCUUUCUUAAACCAAGCCAUGCAUGCAUUUUGGGAUUUAUUGGUAAGAAUCUGUGAAGCUGAAGUUCUGUGAAUUACUAAACCUAAGGGUAUAAAUGGAGUACUGAAUGUGGCUGAGGAUGUUGAUCUAAAACCAAUACAUGUAUUUUUAAACAGAAUAUAGCUGAUGAGGGAAUUCCAAGGAGUUUUCUACGUUAUUGUACAUUCACAGAAUAAAGCUCAAGUGUCGUGUUAAUUGGAACUGUGUGAGAAACUACAUAGCUCUGAAAUUUCUAAAGGCCCUUUAAUCUAGGAUCAAAGAGAACAACUGCAUUUCUUGAGACAUGUCCUGGAUGUUUUAAGUUUCCAAACUGCUGACAGUUCAGAAUAGAACAAUUCCUAUUCAUUUUGAAGAACCUGCAGCAAGUCUUAAAACAUCACAGCAGAGCUCUAAUAAAAGAAUUCAUAUCUCAAAGCAUGAACCACCAAUGGCCUCAUGUGCUCUAUUUAGAGUUUUUUUUUCUUACCAGUCUUGGUUUACUGGCAAUAAAAAGGUGCUACUCAAGAGAGAAUCCUUGAUUCCCUUUUAAAGGCUGGACAAGAGGAAAAAAACUUAAGUUUUGGGGAGGGAACUGUUAUUUUAUGCAAAUGGCUAUGCAAGUACAUUUAGAUUUUUGGUUUUUUUAAUUUGGUGACUAAUCCAACAGCUCCCAAAACGUUCAUCAAGUGUAGUUACAGUGGUAGCUUAAACACACAGAAAAAUACUCUUGUUUUGUAUUCAUCAUGAAAUAGCUCUCUCAAAGCCUCUGGCAAAAAUUCAGUACAAAAAUUUGAUUCUUACAGGAAUCUUCUACACUUGAGUAUGUUUAGAUUUUAAUUGAAUAUUGGUUUUUCUUCUGAGUGCUUACAUUUUCCCCUAUGCAAGCCAGUCUGAUGCAUUCAUUUUUCAUCAGUGGCCACACACAGCUGGUUUUCCAAGGCUUGCAUCUAUUAUAAUGAACCAAGAGCUGCAGAAUGUCUCCAUUUUGCUGGUUUUAACACAAAAUCACAUUUACCAAUGCUGUCUUUGUUGCCUGUAUGCCUUGGGAGACAAAACAGAAUCUGAAGAUAAUCAUUCCACCUGAUUAUCAAUGAUGACAAUCAUUCCAGUAUGGAGAGCUGAUAGAACAGAGAAAAAACUCUGUUUUUCUCUGAGCUUUUCUGAGAUUUUUUCUCUGAUUUUUUUUUUUUGAGUUUUUUUCUGAGUGUUUUUCUCUGAGGGGAGGAGGAGCUCUUGCUGGAAUUGUCUGAAGAGGGGCUGGCUUGCAUUAGGAGUUCCUACAUCCCACACACUCCCUGUGUGUUCAGAAGACUGAAUCAGGCACCUCUCCAGAUUUUAUAAAGAUUUUUCUUUAUUUGGAUUCUCUGGGACAACUAGAAUGAGAUGUGUACAGCGAGAUUUGGCUAUUUCAUAACUAAUACACAAAUUACACCACUGACAUCCUUGAUUUGGGGUGUCCAGGAGGAGGAGAAACCCUUGGUAAGAAUUUUGUUUGGAGGACCAGGGGUGGGUGGGGAGCAGAAUCUGCGCAUUCCACCACAGUUUAGGGGUUCCUGUUUUAACACCACACAACAAUGGAAAUUGGGAGCCAGAGGUGGACAAUAACAGCAAAAAAUAAGAAAAAAAAUUAUUUAAUCCUCCUGCUGACAAGGAAGUGAGCACGACAAAACACACUGCAGAGUUUGCUAACAAGGAAAUUACAGUUUUGGGGUCUUUUACCACUCAAAUAAUUGAUGUCUUUCAGAAUCCAUAUAUACUUUCUGUGAGCAUAUUGUCUUUGGAAGUCUGGUUUCUAUGCAUAUGAGAUCAGUGAUGAAAACUAUUGGGCUUUUAUAACAAUAAACCUGAGCUAUGUUGUAUAUUAAUUACAUCCUGUCAUUAAAAAUAUUUCUCAUUUUA